CCUCCCCCCUUCCUUCCCUUGUUUGCUCCUACCUUCCACUUAUCGCCUCUUUCCCCUGCGCGAAGCUGCGAUCCUGCGCUUGCCUGCGUCUUUUCACCUCUUCCACCUUGGACUCGUACCACUUCUCACUGCCUCGCUUCUUGAGUCACUCUUCUCUAGCUGUGUCUUCCUGCCUUUUCAUCUUAAUAACUUCUGUCUUCGAACCCUGUAUUUCUGCUCGACUUCAAAAUCCAUCCAUUCCUCCGAUCUUCGGCCGUCUUGGGUCUUCUGCGUCAUUCAUUCCACGGCUGUACUCGAACCAGCCGCCAGUCUGUCCUCUGCGCCGUCCGACUUCUACACUCACCACCAGACACACUGACUCCUCCUCGGUGUCAUCGUCGCCCUAAUUUUCGCUCCUUUCGAUCAACUGGCGCUGCGCGCACGCUUUGUACCACCUUUUAGGCCUUGUAAUUCACGACCAACCUUUGUACUCGAGCGACUGACAAACAACGCUGGUUUGGACUCACCUGUCCUACGUAUACCCCCCCGUCAGACAUCAGGGCAAAGGAUCUAUUCUUCAAACAUCUGGGAUUGAUUUGCGCAAAGGGAAGGUACUCUUGUCUCCCGUUUUUUCGUGGUGGAAAGACUGUCGCAUUUCUCUGGAUUUCCGGAAGGUUGGGCUAUAGAAACUGAUGGCUGGUGGCGAACUUUCCAAUAUUCGGUGACUAAAUGGUCCAGAUGAGCACUGGGGUGACGCCAAGGUCGCAUCGCAUCGCUCUGCAGAGCGACCCAAUAUGUUGCGCCUGCUUUCCUGGACAGGCUGUGAUAAGGUCCAUUCUCCAGAGAUGAGAUCCUUUGUCUCGAAGCAGGACUCCCCUGGUUCUGGCCCUCUCGCCAUGUCCGCAUUGCCAUCGACACACAAACGAAAGCAAUCAACGGACGCCCAGGGCCAGUCAGAGAGGAAACGGGCGAAGAUUGUUGAUAAGCAACACUGUGCCAAUGUGCUUCCCAAUCCCACCCGCGCCCUGCCUCCUGACUUAUCCAAGCCAGCUACCUCGCCCACAAACGAAUCCCCAUCCUUCCUGCCAACGCCACCGGAACUGAAAAUGGAAGACGCAGAAAUGAGACAGGUGGAAUCUCCGGUGAGAGACGUAGACGCAGCGCGGUUACAGUCUAUCCGGAAUGUCGUUCAGACACAGAUCAGUCUCGAAAUUCUACUGAAGCACAAGGAACUCCGACUCAUCGACCAAGAAAUAGCCAAAUCUCAGGCUUCCUUGGAGCAAUUACGUCGAUGCAAGGAGAUUCCUUACCCAGGGACACAACAACUUUCUACUGGUGUCAGCAAUGGCACAGGUCCAGCUCUACGCAGCUCAUUCCCCUCUCCACUGCCUCAAUCACCCGCACCCUGGGGUGUUCAAGAGGGCCCAUAUUCGCGACAUUAUGCGAAAUGGUUACUGCCUGACCCCCGCUUUGACGGUGGUGAACCGGAGCCCGUGGUUUUCACCCCUGUUGGCAAAUCUCCGAUGAAAUUCAGAUCUCAAACGAGAGGACAGUUCGCAGAAGGGCCUCAAACAUCAAGCCAAGCUCGUGCGCAACGGAGUGGCAAAUUGAAAUCCUUGCCUGCCGGAUACGGCCAGCCGAAGGAGAAGGCAACCGGUCCUAUGAUCAUCAAGAGGAAAUCUGACGGGGCGACAGUGAAGCUCGUUUGUCCAGACUGUGGUCGCUUUGAUUUCGGGAGUGCGCAAGGUUUCAUCAAUCAUUGCCGGAUCGGCCACGGCCGAAGCUUCGCAAGUCAUGAUGCUGCGGCAGAUGCCUGCGGAGAACCGGUUGAGGUCGACGAGACUGGAGCUAUGAUCGGUGUUGAGCCUGCUGUGACGCCCGCUGCCGGUAACGUCCAUCCGCUGAUCCGUUCAGCGAAACUUCUACAACCCACUCCACCUCGAGCUAUAUCCCAAACAUCGUCUGGUACAACGGAUGCGACGAGAAGCGCCCAGCCAACACAGGUGUCCCCUGAUUUCAGGGGAUCGGCCUUGACACCCAAUCUUUCCGAGCUUAUUAAAGCUAGAGGGCUUGGACUUGAUCUUCAGGAAAUGGUCUCAGAUGCGAAAACGAAAGUUGAACUGCCGGAAUCUGACUCGGAGGACGACGAAUUGGACAUUGACAUUCCCACGCAACAUACUGCUCAGGGCCGACACCCACAAGUUGCGGGCACCAAACAACCACCAAAACCCACCAAAUCUCCAAUGUCAUCUCCCUUGCUAAACUCCAGCAUGUUGAGAUCCACCACGAAUUUGCGAGGAGGAGUGAUGCCUCAAUAUGACGGUGCUAACGACAAGUCGAUUCAGCACCGGCCACGUGGAAUGACUCUACCCAUGAACGGCGCCACUCCGUCUGACCUCCAUCCUUCGGACCCAUCUCCAACCAGUGAAUCGAAUCAGGCUCCGAGUCUGGUCGACGACGACGAAUUUGAGCCACAUUCCCCAAGCAGUAGCUCUGCGUCCGACGAGCAUGACGAUGGCGAGGUCGAGUUUGAAGUCCAAGGCGACGACGACGACGCUCGAAGCGUUCUGCGUGGGCCGGACUUCCAGCCAAGCUGCGCUCAAGCAGUUAGACCUCCGGCACAUGCUCGGCGAGCUUCGGCCAUUCGUCGACAUGGCGAAGACAGGGAAGAGAAACACGUCAGUUUCGUAAGUCCGAGUCCAGCACGCGACAUGCCAAAUCCCCGUGUAGGUGGAGAUCGAAAGAGAAGGAAGACUUAGGGACCGGCAACGAAGUUCGGAUCAGUUGGACUUUUCCUUUUGGCGAUACCGUGUUCGACCAGCAUUUGUGGAGUUUAAGGGUGACCGGCAGUUGUUUCUCGCGGUGGACAACGUGGUGUUUGCAUCAGCGAGGGGGCUUGGAUAGACGGAGUGCGUGCGGGCCGAGAGGAAAGCACGCUUCUACUACGGAUUCUGCCGGUGUACAUAUUUUCGAGGUGUCUGAAUGGUGUCAGCCACUCGUUGAGCAAACUACAAGUUUGCGACCCAAUGCUAAAGACUCAUCUCUGAUA